CCAGACAAGGAGGAGUUUAAACAAGAAGACCCCAAAGGGGCUGCCUGGCCCGCUGCCAUCUUAGCAGAGUCCCAGGCAGACAGUCCUGGGGCUCCAGGAGAGCCUCCGGCCCAGACACUCGGACCGGGACCUGCGGACAGCGGCCCCAGUCAAGAUGGGUCCCUUCUUGGUGGCAGUGAAAUAUUGGAGGUCAAAGUGGCCGAGGGCGCCCCCGAGCCUCCAGAGUUGCAGUUCAUCUGCGCGGACUGCGGGGUGAGCUACCCGCAGUUGUCUCGCCUGAAGGCACACCAGCUGCGCUCGCACCCGUCCGGGCGCUCCUUCCUGUGCCUGUGCUGCAGGAAGAGUUUCGGCCGCAGCUCCAUCCUCAAGCUGCACAAGCGCAUUCACACGGACGAGCGGCCGCACGCCUGCCACCUGUGCGAUCACCGCUUCCGCCAGAGCUGGCACCUGAGCAAGCACCUGCUCACCCACUCCUCCGAGCCCGCCUUCCUGUGCGCCGACUGCGGCCGCGGCUUCCAGCGCCGCACCAGCCUCGUGCAGCACCUGCUGGCGCACGCCCAGGACCAGAAACCGCCCUGCGCGCCUGAGAGCAAGGCCGAAGCGCCGCCGCCAACCGAGGUCCUGUGCUCCCACUGCGGCCAGACCUUUCAGCGCCGCUCCAGCCUCAAGCGCCACCUGCGGACCCAUGCCAGGGACAAGGACCACCAGUCCUCUGAAGGCUCCGGCAGUCGCCGCCGGGACUGUGACCGGAGGCCCUUCGUGUGCAGCGACUGCGGCAAAGCCUUCCGGCUCAGUGAGCACCUGGUGACCCACCGGCGGGUGCACACGGGCGAGCGGCCCUUCUCCUGCCAGGCUUGUGGCCGCAGCUUCACGCAGAGCUCGCAGCGGGUCAGCCACCAACGGGUGCACACCGGCGAGAAGCCCUACGCCUGCCCGCAGUGCGGGAAGCGCUUUGUGCGCCGGGCCAGCGUGGCCCACCAGCUGCUGACCCACGGUGGCCCUCGGCCCCACCACUGCACCCAGUGCGGCAAGAGCUUUGACCAGCCCCAGGAUCUUGCCCGCCACCAGCAUAGCCACACGGGCGAGAAGCCCUGCAGCUGCAGCGAGUGCGGUGAGGGCUUCCGCAAUAGCUCCAACCUGGCCCGCCACCGCCGCAGCCACACAGGCGAGCGGCCUUACAGCUACCAGACAUGUGGCCGCAGCUUCCGGCGCAAGACGCACCUACGGGGGCACCUGGCUACCCAUGCGGAGCCUGGGCAGGAGCAGGCCGAGCCCCCACAGGAGUGCAUGGAGUGCGGUAAGAGCUUCAGCCGCAGCUGCAACCUGCUGCGACACCAGCUGGUGCACACGGGCGCCAGGCCCUACUCUUGCACGCAGUGUGGCCGCAGCUCCCACCGGCUGCGCCAACUGCGCAUCCAUGACCGCGAGACGCUUCACUAG